ACUGAUGUACUGCAAGAACCCUGGAAAAGUCGUUAAUGGGGAAGUGCAAGUGUUCCCAAAUCAAGACCAAAGACGAUAUCCUGCUAAAGCGGAUAAUCCGGAGGAAUAUCCGCAAUACACUCGUAUAAAAUACUCGUGUGAGGCAGGCUAUACUUUGAAAGGAGAGGAGGAAAUAACCUGUGGUGUGAACGGAUUCUGGUCUGCUAGAAAGCCCAUCUGCGAAGGAGAAUGCGGCAAGUCCAAGAUGAGUGCAACCAACCGGAUAACAAAUGGAGAGCCCACCGUGGCCGGACAGUGGCCUUGGGUGGUAGCCGUGGCAACCGUCUCUGGCGGCGAGUCCAUGGUAGUGUGCGGUGCAGCCCUCAUAGACAGGAGACACAUUUUGACCGCUGCCCAUUGCUUCGAUGAACCGGGGUCCUUUGAGCUGUAUUUCGGAAAAUAUCAUCGGGAUGCGGCAGCAGACGACAAGCACGUGUUAAAACGAACGAAUUUGACCGUGACCAUGAAUCCGCACUACAACAGAACCACUUACGAUUCUGACAUCGCCCUGGUGCGAUUCUCGCCCGACAUUCACUACUCUACUCGCAUCCAACCCAUUUGUCUACCCAACACGGAAUCAACGGCAGACAAUAUCAGACGAGGAAAAAGUGGAAUCGUGGCCGGCUGGGGAAUAAAUGAAAGGAACCUACCCGCAGAAUCCCUUUUCAUGGCCUUUUUACCCGUCCUUCCAGGUGACCACUGUGCCAAGGCUUACCAAAAACAGGGGAAAUUUUUCCCCAUCACGUCUAACAUGUACUGUGCAGGAUUCGAGAAAGGAGUCACGAGUAUAUGCAUGGGAGACAGUGGCUCCCCCAUGGUGUUCUACGAUAGUUUCUCUGAACGGUACACAUUGGAAGGACUCGUCAGUUUUGGUGUCAGAGAUGAAUGCAGUGAGCCCGAAAGGUACACAGUCAUCACCAAAGUGCUGCCUUACUUGCCGUGGGUUAUUCGUACCAAAUUGAUUUCAUAAUAAAAUAGGAAAGAUUGAA